UCCCGAGCUGUCUGCUGGUCGUUGGUGCUAACAGCUGCGUGUGAUUGAUAAAAAUAUAAACUUUAUUGUUCUGCUAUAAAAAUGUACUUAUUAAAAUGUUGUACCGUGUUUAAGAAAGUGGUUUUGUUUAAUAUAACUGUGGGUGACCAUUUAUAUUUGUAUUAAACUUCCACUUCGACUAAUAAUCGUACAGCUUUGUGAGCAAACACACACGUUCUAAAUUUAUUAUUUUGUUAGUUUAAUGUGAUUUGUUAACAGUACCGUUAUGUCAAGUCAAAAUCAGGCUGUUUUGAAAGAGUUUGUUCCACGUAAAGGAUUUGUUAUUCCUGAUGAUGAAUUACAGUACAUAUUGUGCAAGCCUAAGUUAAUGCCCCUAAAAUCUGUUACUCUAGUAAAACUAGAAAAAAUGCAGAAAGAAGCUGAAGAAAAGCUGCAGCUCCAAAAAACAGAAACAAAAAAUGAAACAUGUUAACUGUUAAGACGUGACACUAUUUAAAUUUGCUGUAAAAUGGCAUUAGACAUACUUGUAGCAGAAGUUGUCUGCACUUUCUUCUUGGCCUUGGGAUUGUUGUACAGAUAUGGAAAUUUAAUGAGAAAUCAUUUGAUUGUCACAGUUUCUGUAUUCAUUGCUUGGUAUUUCUCUUUUCUUAUCAUCUUUGUACUACCACUGGAUGUCUCUUACACGAUAGAGCGGCAGUGCCUGGGCGACCCGCCCGAGGGCAACGCCACGGCAGCGCCGGCGGACGGGGGCAACGGCUCGGUGGCGCCGCCCUGCCAGGUGCAGACGGUGUACAAGCGGGUGCUGCCCAGCCUGUGGCGGGUGGUGUACUGGAGCUCGCAGUGCCUCACCUGGUUGGUGCUGCCGCUGAUGCAGUCCUACAUCAAGGCCGGGGACUUCACGGUGCGGGGCAAGCUGCGGUCAGCGCUGGUCGACAACGCCAUCUACUACGGCUCGUACCUGUUCAUCUGCGGCGUGCUGCUGGUCUACAUCGCGCUCCAGCCCUCGCUUGAGCUGGACGGGCAGAAGCUGAAGGCCAUCGCCUCGUCGGCCAGCAACACCUGGGGGCUGUUCCUGCUGGUGCUGCUCCUGGGGUACGGCCUGGUGCAGGUGCCGAGAGCCCUCUGGGACGCCGGCCGGCGGGGCUACCUGCUGCACUACAGCUACUUCCGCGCCGCCAAGCUCAGCGCGGAGAAGUGCGAGGCGGAGGAGACCGUCGACGACAUCCUGGAGUCGCUGCAGGCCGCGGCGGCCAGCAUCGGGCCGGGCCACCCCCUCCACAGGAACCUGGAGACCAUCUUCCAGAAGGUGCCGAUAGAGCUGCGGGAGCGCAUGGGGCGACGCCAGCUGCCCCAGGACACGCCCGCCGACCCCCCCUCCUACAAGGCCCUGGUGCGCCUGCACCGCCAGAUCCUGAAGGCACUGCAGACCCAGCACCGCACGGAGACCCAGUGGGCCCUGCUGGUGGACGAAGUGAUCGCCCUGGAGGACGUGGCCUGCAACCAAGUGAGCCACGAGCGACGCUUCCGCCCCACCUUCCAGCCCGCGCGCUCCGCCGUCGCCCGCCUGCUGUGGGGCCCCACCGCGGAGUGGUACUGGAAGUGCGUGAUCCACGGCCACGUGCUGAAGCUGCUCUCCGUGGCGUGCGGUGCCGUGUCGCUGGCCGUGGUCUGGUCCGAGGUCACCUUCUUCAACAAGGAGCCCGUGCUGUCGCUGUUCGCGCUGUUCGUGGACCUGGCCACGGCGGACGGCAACUACGUCGCCAUCCAGGUGGUGUCGACGCUGAUCAUUGCGUACCUCUGCUACUGCGCCUACUCGACGGUGCUGCGGAUACGCUUCCUGAACCUGUACUACCUGGCGCCCCACCACCAGACGGACGAGUACUCGCUCAUCUUCGCGGGCAUGAUGCUGUGCCGCCUCACGCCGCCCAUGUGCCUCAACUUCCUGGGGCUCAUCCACAUGGACAGCCAUGUCAUCAAGCGCCACAUCAGCGAGACCUACUACACCCAGGUGAUGGGCCACAUGGACGUGGUGUCCAUCAUCUCCGACGGCUUCAACGUGUACUUCCCCAUGGCGAUGGUGGUGUUCUGCCUGGCGACGUACUUCAACCUGGGCUCGCGGCUGCUGUCGGCGCUCGGCUUCCACCAGUUCCUGGGCGACGACGAGGUCACCUCGGACCUGGUGGACGAGGGCCGCGAGCUCGUCAAGCGCGAGAAGCGGCGGCGGCAGCGAGCCGAGGACUCGGUGAACCGCAGGCGGGAGUUCCAGGAGAGGUUCGGAAGCACGCUCAAGUACCGGACUGCCCGCCAGACCCCGGAGGACAGAGUGCGGACGCUGCGGCGAGACGACUCGACCGAGUCUGCGCGGGCCGUGCUGCUGCGCGACGUGGAGCCGGUCGACUGCUACCCGGGCAACACCAUGAACUCCGCUUCGACCGAGGGCAGCGACCGCUACUGCAGCAGCCUGGAGCUGGAAGUCCGCGGGCGCGUCGACCGAGUCGGGUUCCCCUCGAGUGGGGGCUUCUUCGACGACGUGUGACUCUGCCCGCCCCCGCCGCGACGCUGGGGUUCUUUUUAUCCACGCGAGAGUUUAAUUUAUUAUGCCAUUUCCACUGUGCAUUCCGUCACACCGUCGCUCGAGGCAGCUUCUUGUUUUAACUGUUGAUCAUGUUGUUUUGUGUGUACCUUCAAGGCUGUGCUUGUCAUUUUUUUUUGUAAAGUUCGUGGGGCUGGAUUUUUUAACUGCAAUGUUUCGUGACUGAGCAGACAGAGCGAAAUUUAAAGUUGUGUAUAUCAAAAAAACUCGCUGAGUAAAAAAUUGUUUUUCUGAGCUGUAAAACAAAACCUUUGAUGGGUUGAAAGCUUUUUUAUGAUCAUUAUGUCGGUAAGUCUGUCAGGAAAUCUGUCAGCAACGCAGACUUGUGUUAAAAUAAUUUUUGUGUUUGCUGUCGACUGAGAAGCAGAAGGGUUUGUCGCUGCCUUGUGGGGUCACUGUUAGGUACUCUUAAAAACAACUGCAAAUAUUUCUCUCAAUACAGUUGCAGCUACAAUUUUUGAAUAACUCAUGCUUCUCGAAACUUUGUUGAUUAAAUUUUUUUCUAAGCUUCCCAUUCUCAAGUUUUACUAACAGGGCUGGCUUUGUUGCACUUACAUGAGAGUUCUGUUGCUUGUCAGUAGAACCCGAUGGUUAUGGUUUGUUUACGAGUCAGAAUUAUUAAUUUUUUGCCAUAUAUAGGAGAGAAACUAACAUACUUAUAAUUGCCAAAAUUAACCGUUGUCGAAUAAGUGAUUUUUUUUUUUUUUAAUGGAAGCUAGCCCUUCUUUAUGGAAUGCAAAUUCUCUUGAUUCACUUUAUAUUUCUGAUAGCAAAACUGUAAAUUUAAGACUGUCUAAAAGCAGUUCUGUUAUCAGGGCAGUAUUUGGGUUAAAGUAUGUAAUAUUUUUUAUAAAGUAUGAGGUUGCUGGGUUCUUUGAGCAGAAAAGAAAUACGAGUGCUCAGUGUCUUAAGCAUUUCAGCAGCUUGCACAACAGUUGGCUGUACUGGUAGUAACCAACUCGUUCAGUUCUCUUCGGAGUUGCAGUCCUGCCAAUUACUGUUUCACAAGUGUUGAUAUCAAACCAUGAGUAUGAUGUGAUACAGUUUCAGUAUACCAGAAAACUGUGUAAGCUUUUUGAUAGCUAUGUUUUAUUAAUAUUACCUAAUUUAUUUAUAAAAAGGCAUUGUACAUACAUAAUGUAGUUACAGUGGAACCUGUCUGAUUUUUAGUGUAUUGACUGUUAAUAUCCUAGUUUCAGAGAUUGUGAUCUACACUGCUACAGCUAGAGAAUUUUUUCAAAGGUAGAGGUCAUCAGUGCAUCAGCGGCGGCUCAGGGAUUUAUUUUUGGGUAGGCCUGUACUGUACCGCAGUCUUGGGAGUCCAGACUGUACCAGGAGUCUGGCCCCUGUAUCAGAGGGUGGUCUGGGGAAUUUUUAAAAUUCAGAUUCCAAAAUAUUAGUUUUGUGGCUUUCUGUAGGUAAUUUAUUUCUCUCUGAAGUCUAAUAUAUAUAAUAUAUUAAUCAUAACAAUUAUUAUAAAUGUAUAAUUGUAUGUCAACAAAAUACACUUUAAUACCUAUAAAGAUAACAAAGUUAAAUGUUAGAAUUAAACUUCUGUUAAUAUAAGAUGAAUAUUACAACACAACUCAUAUGGCAAUGUAAACUGUUAACAAAUCUGCAGGUGAAUUAAUACGUAGUUUUAUUUCAUUUCAAACUUCCCUUCUCAGAAGGGCAGACGAUUACAGUUUUUAAUGAAAAUAAGAUUUAUUUUUCUUAUAGUUUUCAAAAUAAACUUAAUGUUUAAUAUCAAUUGUUCAUUUUUAUUAAAUGUCUUAUUUCCAGUUUACAGUUUUGAAAAUUUGGGUAGGCCCGGGCCUAUCGGCCUACCACUGGAGCCAUCACUGCCGUGCGUUGUUUGAGGAAAAGCAUAGUCUGCAGUAACUUCGCAGUCCAUUUACUAAUCUGAAGAUUAAUCUUGUAAACACAUUAAUAAUUUAAUAUCGCUAUAUGCAGAUGAAUUUGUUUUUUCCAAUCUAAAAUUCUCUUUAUUCUAAGCACUUGGCCUUAAGUAAUUUGGAAACAGAAAAAAAAAAAAAUACUCAGAAAAUAAUAUUUUUUUUUGACAGACAAGGAAAUCAUCCAUUAUAAAUUUCAUAGGUUUUGUGAACAUGCAGUUUUUUUUUUUGAUUGACAGUAAUGUUCCAUGAGCUACAAACUUUUAUGUGCCUUUCAAACACGUCCCAAGGAGUUUUGUUGCAGCUGGCCAGAAAUUGUGAUUGAACCAUGUGAUAUACUAGUGACGUGUGAACAGAAUAUUUUUGCAUGUUUUACGUUGACUUGUCUCAUUGGAUCGUGAAUUAGUUGGUUCCACUGUAUUUAUAUAUUUAUUUAGGGCACUGUUGUGCCUCAAAAUAUUUUUUCUUCCCUUGGAAUUUGUAGUUGAUGCUAUAGAUAGUUACAUUCAAAAUUUCUCUUUGUAGUGCUAAUAAUAACUUGUGUAGAGUAGCAUGUAUUACACAUGUUUUGUAAAACUGAUUGUGUAUUAUGGCAUCUGAGGAGUUGGUAGUAUAUUUUUUUUUGUAAUAGACUUUAUUCUGUAUUUCCUGACAUAUAAGAUGAGAAUUUUAUGCCACUAUGAAUAACUUGAAGCUGCUUCUUGUCUUGUGCACUUAUGCAGCUUUUGCAUGUAGUCCCAACUACAUUGGGAGGCAGAAGCUAAAAGGAGCGGAAGAAAAAGAUAAUUUUUAAAAUGCCAGCAGCGUGAAACUGUUUUAUCCCACUGACAAUGCUGUUCUUUGACCUGACCUGCUUUACUGUGAUACGGUAUGGUUUUUUUUUUUCCUGGGUGUAGAAUUCAAAAGCAAAACAGUCGCAUCUGGUCUUCCCGUUUUUUCACGAAACUGCUUGCGAUUUGUUGAGGCACCGUCUUGCGAAACAGCCAUCGCUGCACCUGAAGUAGAUAAAACUCCUGUGCUGCUUCCACCCCAAGCCAAGGGCGCCCUCAUUUUAUAUGCCAGGAACUACGGAGCAGAUGCUAGUAGUGCGAUCUGGCUGAUGUGAACUCCUGGCAUUGAUUACGGACGAUCACAGUCUGGUUUACAACCGACUACGUAUGUACUAGUAUUACAGUUUUAAGUGUGCCUGUAGCUGAUAGCACACACACACUUGAUUAAAAAUCCCAAGAGUUCAAAUUAGCUGUAAUAGGUACAUCAUCAUAGCACUUAUCAAUUGUAAAUUUGGCAUGAUGUAAAAGAAAUAGUUUUAAUAAGGCACAAUAGUGUAGUGCAUUGUGGUAGCAAUAACGAAGUGGACGUAAGAGUUGCUAGUAUGCUUGGAGCAAGUAACGAUAGUGAUGAAGAAAAUGCAUAGGUACAACAGCCUCGGCUCAUGCAGCUGUGAAAAGGCAGGUGUUGUGAGCCGUUGUAUUGAACAGACUGUUUAGAUGAGACCAUGUUCAGGAAUGCUCAUGUUUAUAUACUAGUUGCUUGGCAUUUUACGUAACGACUUAACUUAAAUAAGUACAAACUCCUGAUUCAUUCAAAUUGUAUAAUAUAUAAUUGUUUAUUUUCCUUAUUCUUUUGAGAGUACAAAUGUAUGUAUUGUGUGUGUGUAGGUUCAUACUAAAUUAAACAAGUUCUAACAUUCACUUUUAAUUGUUGUAGUAGUAGUACUAUUUGCACUAUCAAGAUACCAGACACGAUGACAUUAUUUUUUAUGGAAUUUUAAUUAAAAUGUAUCUCAUAAACUAAUACCAUAAACAUAAUAGAAUAUAACAAGUUGGUUUGAAAGUCUUACAAAACUAUACCAUUUACUGGAGGAACUGACGUGAGAUAAAGAUGACUUCUGUUUAUAACUUGAAAUAUGUAUUACAUUUGUCUGCUUACCAGAGGGAGAGAGAAAAUCAAAAUAGUAUGUAUUCUAAUAGAUCAUGGGCAAAACUGUUUGACAUUUAUAAAAAGGGGAAUCUAAUUAGGUAAGUGCAACUCCUCGAAAGGUUUUGCGGCAUCUUCACUUGUUACUUCAUGAUGGUGACCUGUAAUCACUAGGUGUACAUGUACCAUUGUGUGAUAUUAAAGUGCAAGUGCCGUACACCUGCCAAA